AUGAUGGGCAACAGACGAAUCCAGAAACUCCUGGAACAGCUUCCGGGUCUACCCAGACUGCUACGACUCAAAAUGUCCAACAACCAGCUACAAGCUGUAGCUGACACCGAUCAGCCUGCUCCAGCGCCAGUACAAUUAGUACCACCGUCAAAUCCUAGUUUUGAUGCGUUGACUGCUGGUUUACCGAUGAGAUAUGAAGAUGGUCUCUACAUUUCACGAGUUCUCAAUGUCCCUGACAGCCCAAAGAAGCAGAAGUUCUUCGAUUCGGACCCUGACUUCGGUAUUCGGGCGCAGCUGAUGCCUUUCAUCAGGUUCAGAGGGGACGAUACGAGACUAGGUAAUUAUGCCGACUAUGUCAUGGGAGGCAAAAGCCCAAAUGAGGUCAAUUGGCAGCCCUUGGUCGUCAUCUUCUGUGCCAACAAGCACCAGCAGGAGACGAUUGUGAAGAGGCUGAAAAACAUGUCACAAACAAUUCUGAAAAGCUAUGAAUAUGUCAUAGUAACGGAAGAAACGCUGCUUGCUUCUGGAGAACUUGAUUCGUCAUUUGUCGAUAUCGAAGAGGAUCAUCGCAAUGUAUCCGGAGCAUUUGACACCACUUUACCCACUCUGUGUGGAAUGACAUCCAGUGUUAACUAUGAUUUGUUAACGUCAUCUCAGCAACAUACUUGCUUCAAACUAGGGGGCCUCGUUUCGAUCAAUGAAAAAGUUUACGGUCUGACCACGGCUCACAAAAUCAGCAAGAAAGAUCCCAACUGGCGAUUCCCGCUGAAGUCUCGGGCCGGAGCCGAGGCCAACACGGAAGGACCAGGUAAGCUCGUUGCGGUCGGUCAUCUGGAAGCUUUUGAGUAUACAUUUCCUCGUGAUGUUAACUUCCGUGGCCGUUCCUGGGACUGGGCAUUAAUAAAGCUGCAAGAUGACUGCAUACGUCCGAACCUCGUCUCCUCGCCUUAUCCUCACGAUGGCAGCACUCCAGAGUACCAGCAUGUUCCAGUACAAGGAUAUCUGCCUCGAUCGGCUCUCUCUUUUGGUGAGGUUUGGGUGGUCGAAAGUCCUAGUAGCUCGAUCCUCGCGGUUCUGAUUGAACAGCCCGUUUUAUUGGCAUUCGGCGAUAAUAAUUUCGAGGCAUACUCAAUAGGACUCACAAAGCCGUUAGAGGACGGAUCUUCGGGUUCUUGGGUCAUUCGAGACGGGAAAGUGUGCGGCUACAUUUUCAGUCGAGUUGUGGGGAAACCGUGGGCAUAUAUGCUACCUAUCGAACCUGUGAUUGACCGAAUCUCGGAAUAUUAUUCCUCGAAAGGUCCCUCGCCAGUCUCAGUAACCAUUCCUCUCUACGACAAACAAGCAAUCCAUCCUACCAGUGGCGAAAUGGUCCAGGUUGAGCCCAUAAACGAUAUUACCCUUGAUCUGUCAAGCAUCGAAGAAAACAAGCCAGUUGCGACUUCCAAGCCAACUUCAUUGGAUGUCAGCGCGGGAAGUAGCGACAGUUCAAAGACGAGUACUGCUCCAGCGCACCCAGCCGGAACGCUAGCACCAUACCAUCCAGCUCAGCCUACGCCACUAUUGUCUGGAUCAGGUCUUGAUGCUAUUGAGACUACCAUUGAAAGCAGCAGAGCUAAUGACAGGGCAAGCGAUGUGGCAAGUGAUGUGGCAAGUCUAAGACCAUAUUCUCGUUCUUCCACUUCGCAACCUGAGGUUUCAUCUGGUCGUCAAGUCCGGAAACCAGUAUCGCUCGAGCCAAAGAUGCCAGCACCCGAGCCAUCUUGGGCGGAUCGGGCAGGCGUUUCUCACAUGGGAUCAUCUAUGAAUCUCCCUUACUCAAAGGACAAAAGGACGGAACUUCCUGAGAAUCUUGUGGCCCGCCCGGCCAACCUCAAUGGUCUCCAUAUUCAGCACAUGUCAUCUGCUUUAGCCAUGUUCGAACGUUCAACAACCCGUGUCAGCCCACCACUGAAAUCAAAAGAAAAGCUCUUCUUGUGGAUAACAUCGCGAGAUGGGCAGCACCUGAGAGGACGCUUUAUGACCGAAUGUGUCAUCUUCCAAGACUUUUUAUAUCGUUUCGCAAAUACGUUUGCCGAACAUCCCGUCACGUUUCUCGACAGCAAGACCUUGGCAACAAUGUUGGAAGAGCCAUCGUUCAAGGAAAACAUCCGUCGUAGCAUGAGUCAAACUAAAAUCGACACUAUUGGUCUCACCUGCCAUGAUAUUGACAAACACGUCGAAAGAUUGAUGUCUAUGAUAGAGGCUUCGCACAAUCGCUUAUUGUUCAUGAUUGAGAUGCGAAAAGUUGUUUUCUCGAGGAAAGCAGCAGUAGGAAAACAACUGGACUUGAUCACCGAGUGCAACACUCGACUCAGUCAACUCAUGGCGUAUCUUCGCCCACGAGAACCAGAUUACGCACAUCAGCAUGCGCCUGAUGUGGAGAUACUUCAAAGGCGUCUUUCGUUGACAGACUAG